GUCACACCUACAGCCUAGACAGCUCGACAAACAUGCUGCCUCCAGGACCCCGCCGGAUUCAAGAAGACCAGAAUGGUGACAUGUCGGUGGUCACACCGCUCAGAAAGAAAACUCAGGAGGAUCAGGAUAAAGCUGACGAGCAAGCACGACAUAAAGCGUUGAAGGAUCUUGUUCAGUCCUGGCAAGAUCGCUUGCAGUUAAUCACGCUCAUUACCACAUUUCUCGCCUCGGUUGAGGCAAGUAUGCUCCAAGUGACAAUGCCCGAUGACCCGACCAACUCAUCCAAAUGGUCGCAAGCAGCCAAUGCAGGGUUCAUGGCUUCCUUAGUUCUUCACCUCCACGCAUCAUUUGUCUCUUUCUUCGCUUCCUUUUUCCUCGUUCGAUUCAAGGUCCAAGAGGCAAAACGUGAAGAGCGAGAGGUCGAAGCUGCCGACUCUUCUUUACAACAUGUACCUACGUCGAAAGGAUCUACUAUCCUCGAAAUGGCUGCCCAUAAUAUCACGCGAUCUCCUACGACAUCCCCGCGUUCCACUGUUUCUAUCGGGAAUGGAGCAUUUCCGCCGGAGAAAGGGAAUGCUUCUACGCCGGAAACUCAAAUUCCGUCAAUAUGGAGUGCCAAUCCUCAGUUGGUUCAAACUGGUCCAUUUCAGCGCCAGCCCCCGAUCAACCUGUUAAGUCGUUGCCAUACACUGUGUUUGGUAAUUACAGCUUUGGGAUUCAUUCUGGCGAUGGUUGGGGUUUUAUGUUACGCAUGGGAUGGUCAGUCUACCAGUGUCGCCAUCAUCACCAGUGCGAGUAUCUGCCUUUGUUUGCUCUCGUGUAUUUGCAUUGUCCUGCCUCAGCAAAGCGCACCUAGUUCACGCCUGUUCAUGUACCGUUAACGACUCGUCUGGACCUCUAUCAAUCGCGGAAUACUAAAGGGUAGCUAGUAUUGCUACAACCACGUCGUACAAUAUCAUUGUAUUAAUGAGAUUUCUUGAAGUUAUGUUGUCUGCUGACGGAAGUCGAGCGAU